UGCGCCGCUAAAAGGACAUGCGUAUUAUCCCAAUCUCCCUCCGCCGACCCGCCGCCACCGCCGACGCUUUUCCUCCCCCUCUAUCUUUCCUCCUCCUCCUCCAAUCCCUGUCUCUCUUUCUAUGACCUUUAGCCCUCUCCUCCCCUCCGCAAUCCGAUCCCUCCUCCGCCACCUUCGCCUCCCCUCCUUCCCCGCAACUGCGUCCGCCUCUGCUCCCAACUGCCUCCUCACCCCUAUCACCGGAUUCCUCCUCCGUCCGUUCACCGCGUCCGCCGCUGCAGGAGCCCUGGCGCAGAAGAUAGGCAAGUCCCUCCGCCGUCCCGGCGCCCCUUCCCUGGCUCGGGUCUACGCAGACGUCAACGUCCAUCGCCCUAAGGACUACUGGGACUACGAAUCACUCAUCGUCCAGUGGGGGGAACAAGAUCCUUACGAGGUGGUUCGGAAGGUAGGAAGAGGAAAGUAUAGUGAGGUUUUUGAGGGAGUGCACGUUCCUAACAAUGAGAAGUGCAUUAUUAAGAUUCUCAAGCCAGUCAAAAAGAAGAAGAUCAAGAGAGAAAUAAAGAUAUUGCAAAAUCUUUGUGGUGGUCCCAACAUCAUCAAACUACUUGAUAUUGUCAGAGAUCAACAAUCAAAGACACCUAGUCUGAUUUUUGAAUAUGUCAACAAUACUGACUUUAAAGUUCUCUAUCCAACAUUAUCAGACUAUGAUAUCAGAUACUAUAUUUAUGAAUUACUAAAGGCCCUUGAUUAUUGCCACUCUCAAGGCAUCAUGCAUCGAGAUGUCAAACCUCAUAAUGUUAUGAUAGAUCAUCAACAACGGAAGCUUCGUCUUAUUGAUUGGGGUCUAGCUGAGUUUUAUCACCCGGGAAAAGAGUACAAUGUCAGAGUUGCCUCUAGGUACUUUAAAGGCCCGGAACUUCUUGUCGACUUGCAAGAUUAUGAUUAUUCACUUGACAUGUGGAGCCUUGGUUGUAUGUUUGCUGGGAUGGUAUUCAGGAAGGAACCAUUCUUUUAUGGGCAGGAUAACUAUGAUCAGUUGGUCAAAAUAGCUAAGGUGCUUGGAACAGAUGGGUUAAACUCAUAUCUCAACAAAUACCGACUUGAGCUGGAUCCGCACCUUGAAAAGCUUGUUGGAAGGCACAGUAGGAAGCCAUGGACAAGGUUUAUAAAUUCUGAAAACCAGCAUCUGGCAGUUCCAGAGGCUGUUGAUUUCGUCGAUAAGCUGCUCCAAUAUGAUCAAAAGGAUAGGCUCACGGCAAAGGAAGCAAUGGCCCAUUCUUAUUUCAAUCCAGUGCGAAAUGUUGAAAGCUCCAGGACUCGUCCAUAAUCGUUUGAGCUGGAUGCUUUUUUUACAUGUUCAUGCAUCUUAAAGUGAUUGUGCGUGUGCUAUUGUGGGAUAACCUUUACAAGUUGAUUUAUUUGUCCUCAUUUUUCCGAAUGUUUGAUUUAUUGUUUCAGAAGUUGAAUUUUCAAUCUUGGAUCAAUUUAGUUUUAGAUGAGAUAUUUUGGUUUGUACUGAAGCCUUGAGCCCUAUAUUUUAUCAUGGAGGGGACAAUUUAUAUGGAUUUAGUCAGCUUAAUUUC